GGCACGAGGCGCAAGCGCACUGAGGAAAGAGGAAGGAGCAGUGCGCCCCCUCCACCCCGGACCCAGGAUGAACUUGGAGCGGGUGUCCAAUGAGGAGAAGCUGAAUCUCUGCCGGAAAUACUACCUAGGGGGCUUUGCACUCCUGCCCUUUCUUUGGCUGGUCAACGUUCUGUGGUUCUUCCGAGAGGCCUUCCUGGCCCCCGCCUACGAGGAGCAGGGACAAAUCAAGGGCUACGUCUGGCGUUCAGCCCUUGGGUUGGUCUUUUGGCUAGUGGCGCUGACCUCCUGGAUCACCAUCUUUCAGAUCAACCGCGCCCGUUGGGGAGCCAUAGGCGAUUAUCUGUCCUUCACCAUCCCCCUGGGGAUACCCUGAUCAGCCCCUUCCCUUGCCAGCUCAUGGCCCAGCCCCCUUCUCACCCUGCCUUACUUCCAGCACUGGGCCAGGAUCACUUCCAGAAAUGGAGAACAUCUUACAUCCUCCGUGGCCCCCAGCCUUUUGUUUGGCCAGGCUGACCCCCCAAACUAUCUGUCCCAGACUAAUUUCCCAUUCCUUUUCUCCGCUCCUCCCUGUAGCCUCCGCUCCCAAAUAAAAUUAAAAAUAUAUAUGUUUUA